GAGGAGGAGGAGAGCGAGGAGGAACUGUCACUGCAGCUGGACGAGGAUGGCCCCUUGACUCGGUCAAUGGUCUUCAUACCUGGCGCUCGCGUGGCGGACGACUUCCUGGCCGAGGGGUCUGUGGAAGCGCUGCGGCGCUGUGCUGAGGUCUGCUUCCAGGCUCGGCCGAGCAAGGGUCGUUAUAGCUCUGGGAAGACCUUCUGGACGCCUUGGACCCAAGAGCCGCGCUGUGAACUUGAGGCCUUGGCGUUGGCCAUACUGCGACGCCACUGUCCGGACCCUGCUGCCUCGGCCGGGGUUGAAUGGUGGACGCUUUGCUUGGAAACUGAUGCGGAUGUUGGGUGGCACUGGGACCGUGACUAUGUCUUAGAAGACAGUGGCGUGAACCUACACCCCAUGCUUGGCACGGUGACCUACCUCUCCGAAGAGCCGUGCCAGCUCAGCACGAUGGCCGUGGAUGUGGUGUCACCUGCCACGCGCGAAGAAGCGGCCCCGGUGCCGCUUCCGGCGGCAGACGCGCAAGCGCUUUGCGUAGUCGUCCCACCCAGGGCUGGUCGGCAUCUUGUCUUUGAUGGCCGCUUCCUCCAUGGAGCUCCUUGCUGGGGCUCUGGACCUUCCAAGGUCACAGAUGCCGAGCACGGUCGUCGCGUGACCUUCUUGGCUGCCUUGCUGCAACGAGACAGGGGCCUAGAAAAUUCCUGA